AUGUCUACUUUAAUGCUUGCAGAUAUAUUGAAGCAAGUAUCGUUGAACAACAGGAAGUUACCAGAGAAUAAUUUACCUGGCAUCGAGAAGAAACCUAGAAGAAUUGUUUCCGAUGCGUCUUCUAGAUCAGAAACUUUAGAGAUAGUUGAUAUUAGGACCGAAAACUUGGGUACAAAUGUACAAAACAACAUUGCUCUAUUUGUUGGAAAUUUGGCAGAAGAGAUUACAAGUGAAAGGCUUACUGAAAUGUUUAAAGUAUACAAAUCAUUUAUUUCGGCUAAGGUUUGUACAAACGCCGAUGAUAAUAGAUCACUAGGACACGGAUACAUCAAUUUUGGAAACAAAGAAGACGCAGAAAGAGCCACAGAAGAUUUUAAUUAUAAUAAAAUAAUGGGAAAAGAAAUUCGAAUAAUGCCCAGCAUUAGAGACUCGGUAUACAGGAAGAAUUUUGGCACCAACAUAUUCUUCUCUAAUUUACCAUUACAAAAAGAGAAAUUAACACAUCGUAUGUUCUAUGAUAUAUUUCGUAAAUACGGUAAUGUGUUAUCAGUUAAAUUGGACUCAAGCAAAAAUAUCGGAUUUGUUUAUUUCGAAGACGAUACCAUCGCUAGAGAUGUUAUUAAAGAAUUUAACAACAAAGAGUUCCUCGGCAACAUCAUAUCCUGUGGCCUACAUUUUGAUAAAGAAUUGAGGAAGAAACCAAAUUUUGAUAAACAGAUAUCCAAGUUAGACGACGAUAUUAUAAUUGAAAAGGAAAAGGAAAUCUUCGACAGUAAUAAAGUGGAAAUAAAGAUUGAUAAAGAUAAAGUAGCUAUAAUACAACCUAAUGGUAUAUUCAUAAAAAAUCUUCCAUUAGAUACCAAUAAUAAUGAAAUUUUAGCCAUUUUCAGUGAAGUUGGCCCUAUCAAAUCUGUUUUCUUAUCACCAUUAAAUGAGAGUCGCGAAUACCUCUGGGCAUUUGUAACCUAUAAGGAUAAAGCAUCAGUAGAGAAAGCAAUUAGUUUAUUUAAUGGGAAGGCCAUCGGGAACAGAAAUGUUUUUGUUACCCAUGCUUACUCUAAAUAUAAUAUCCCAACUCCCAAACCGAUACUGUUUUUAAGCAAUUUGAGCCCUAUUUGUGACCGUAAGUUCUUGAAGCAGAUCAUGAAUCAAUUAAGCGUCAAACCUGAAGAUAUUAAGGUUCACCAAUCUGAAAAUCCCGAACAUGUUACUUCAACAGGUACCAUACAAUUUAAGACUCAAGAUGAUUUAGAUAAAGCCAAAAAAUUCCUAAAUAAUAAGCUGGUUAGUGGAUCCAUAAUAUACGCCACCACUCGUAAAAGUAAAAAGAACCAAGAACAAACUAAUUACCGGGAAUUUUGUCAAAUUUUACCCAAUUCGCCAUUUACUUAUAAAAAUUAUGGUGAUUAUUGCUCAACUAAUAUACAUGACCCAUCUACUCACGAUAAGAUGCAUUUUAUGCAUGCAAAGAAAUUAAAAAAUUAUGAAGUACAGACCAACAAAUUACCAUACAAUGGUUGUCAAGACAAGAAAGCAACUCAACUGUUUAAGAACGGCAGAGGUGCAAUCCCUGCUAAAGAAUUACUUUUGCAACAGAUAAAAGAUAAAAUUGACAAUUUGAAAUAUCCAUUUGCAACAAGGCCCGAAAAUCUAAAAUCCUUAGCCGAUUACAUAUUUAUUGUUUUCUGGAACCGUAAUGGACAGAGCUUAUCUCAAUUCUUGCUUCUACAGAAUAGCUCUAAGGAGUAUGCAGAAAUGCUGAAACAUCAAAUUGAAACAGCCGCAAGCACGCUGGGUUUUGGUAGAUAA